CCCAUGCGGACUUUGUGCGUUUCUGUGCUUCCUGCCUCAUGCACGGCUCUUUCCACACCUCUGGUGGGGCAGAGGUUUAAACUUUUCCAGAAAUGUCCUUCGUGUCUGACACUGGGCUCUUCACUAUGGGCAUGUGGUCUGUUGGCCUUGGAGCAAUCGGUGCAGCUGUAACAGGCAUCGUCCUUGCUAACACCGACUUGUUUUUGUCCAAGCCAGAGAAGGCUACGCUGGAAUUCUUAGAGGAGAUAGAACUAAAAACUUUGGAACCAGCAGAACAAAGAACAUUCAAAGCUGGUGAACUAUGGAAGAAGAAUGGUGCAGUGAUCAUGGCUGUGCGAAGACCUGGAUGAUUUUUGUGCAGAGAGGAGGCUUCCGAGCUCUCCUCUCUGAAACCUCRGCUUUCCAAGCUGGGUGUCCCUCUCUAUGCUGUUGUGAAAGAGAAGAUAGGGACUGAAGUGGAGGAUUUUCAGCAUUAUUUCAAAGGAGAAAUCUUUCUGGAUGAAAAGAAAGGCUUCUAUGGCCCUCGCAGGCGAAAAAUGAUGAUGUCCGGCUUCUUCCGCUUUGGAGUCUGGCAGAAUUUCUUCCGUGCUUGGAGAAAUGGAUUUAGCGGUAACCUGGAAGGAGAAGGAUUCACGCUGGGAGGAGUAUAUGUGAUUGGGGCAGGAAGACAGGGUGUGAUACUGGAGCAUCGUGAGAAGGAAUUUGGAGACAAAGUCCGCCUUCCAUCUGUUCUUGAAGCUGCUGAGAAGAUAAAACCACAAGCUUCAUAAGCUGGAAAAUAGUUGCAUAUGUUUCUGAUUGCAGCUUGAAAUGUAGAGCGUAUCUGCAUCUUGAACGUGCAAUUUAAUUGCUGCUUAACUAUUUAGUCAUCAAUGCAGUGGAAAGAUUCUCCAUUAAAAUGUAAUAACUAAUGAAAACCCUCAUGGAUUUUUUUUCUCCCCUUCAGGUGGUCAGGAUUUCAACUUGUCUUUUGGAUCUGACUGUAUUAAUGAAAGGCUGGGUCUAAAAUCUGAUGUAGCCUAGAUGUUUUCAGUUAGAGACAAUCAGUCGAAACUUGUCUAUCUAGGGGAACAAAACACUGUUAAAGCGAGUAACUGAGUAUCAACUGAGGUCAAAGGAUAAUAAAGACUUAUGUAAAUGAAAAGUUGUUGCUUUUCACUUGUUUGUGAACCUGUAAAUGCAUCUAUUUCCAGGAAACUGAAUUCUGACAGCCUAGAUUAUUCUGAGAUUCUGCACUGUAUCCACCCAGUAAGUUUCGUGGUAGUUAAGUUUUAGCUCUGGGUUUUCAGUUCUUUUUGUGAUUCUCUGUAACGAAGAUUAAAGACUUCUGAGGUUGACUGAAAAUGUAAUUGUGAUAUCAAGGUGAGUUACUUUUGUGUGGUAAGAUUGUAAAAGCAAGGGGAACAAUAUGAGAGAGCAUAGAAGGCUUAAUUUCUUUAAUAGAGUGGCUGGGGUGUUGCUUCCAGAAACAUACGGAGUGUUGCACAACAGGAUCCUUGAGAACCAUUGCAGACACAACCAGAUAUAUAUAUAUGUAGAUUGAAGUGUUAAAAUUGUUAGUAUAAAAACAUUGAAGGACAGCAUGAGUUUUGCAAAUGUGCUGCUGUUUCUAAAUGUAAUUUUAAAAUUGUGCUUGUUUAAAUUGGGGCAAAUUAUCAAGUGACCCAGCACAUACCUCAGUAGUUGAGGAAUAGCAUAUGAAAAGCUUGGUGUCUUUGGGAAAAUGCCAGCGGUAGACUACAUUGAGCUAGCAAAACCAUUAAGCUAGAAUUAGAAUUCUGUACUGGCAGAAGAUCAGACCAAGCAGCUAUUCUGUUUUCUUAUGGGUUUAAAAAAGACAACUUUUUGACUACGGCCAGUCUUCUUGCAGUGACAAAAUCUACACACAUUUGUGUCUCUUCCCACCUUUGCCUUAGAAAAUUCAACUAGAUACUUGUAU